GAAAACGAUUAAAACUAGGUGCAGCUGGUGCGUUUCAGGGACAGUUUAGAACAUGGCGUCCGAGUGGAGAUAUCGUGGGUUGAGCGCGGGACCGUUAGUGCUUACCGUGCUGUGCUGGGUCACUUUCCAGUGGCGAUUGUGUCUAGCAGUGCCGGAACCAUUCUUUCAUCAACCUGGCUAUUACUACGCUUCGAAUUCAUUGAUACGCCCCGCGGCAAACAGUUACGGUUACUAUGAGCAACCGAGUGCCUUCUCUUCGCCAGCUGCUGCCGAGUCACAGAAUGUAGUAGUUUACAGUGGCCAUCCUAACUAUUACGGUGUGCCUGGGUAUGAAGAUCGUCGGUCGGUGGGAUCGAGGAGAAACAGCUGGAACGAUCCUUACCUGCAAUGGAAGUGGAACAACUACUACAACAGAUACUACUAUCCUACCGGAAGUGGUGCCGCGCAAUGGAAGGAUCGGCAUGAUGGUGCACAAUAUUACACCAGCAAAAGACGGCAAGACUCUCCUCAGCCGGUGGAAAGUACACCGGAACCGACCACGACCCGACGUCCAAGGAAGAAAAAGCUAUUUGUGCCGAAUGUAUGGGGCUAGAGAGGCUUUAAUGUACUGAUGAGCUAAUUUAAAUGACGAUUUUACGAUGUGCCCGGGUAGAGCGUUCAGUUACGAUGCAUUUAUACACUGGACUGAUGAAGUAUAUGAGACAUUUGCAUACUUUUAAGUUAAUAAAGAUGAUUUUGUACGUAAAAUUAAAUAAACAUUCAAAAAUAUUUAAGACAGGACCGUGAAACGUUGAUGCAAA